ACACACAGACAUGUACAUACACACAGAGACAGAUGUACACACACAUACAGACACAUGUAUACACACACAGGCACGUACAGACAUGUAUACACACAGAUACAUGUACAUACACAGAAAUACACACGCACAGACACAUGUACAUACACACAGACACAUAAAUGUACAUACACGCAGACACAUGUACAGAUACACACAUGUACAUACACAGACACACCUAUAAAAAGUUGCAGUACUUUGUUGUUCACUCACAGAGCUGGGUACUGCACUCUAGGGGAGGCAGAGAGCACAGCACACACUCCUUCCUUCGCUUUCACUAUGCUCAGCUAUUGAGCAGUCUGACGGCUCCCAGUGUCAAUGGCAGAUCCGGCCUGAGCUCCGAGCCUGCUCAGCAAGACGGCCCUGGGGGACACACUCGCCCCCACCAUAAUUUCCACUUGCCAUUGGCAAGCAGGCGAGUGGAAAUUUGAAGGCCUGGU